AUGUCGUCGAUGGAGGUCUCCUUCAGCGGCUCGCCCCCGCCCACGCUCGACCCGACCUCGCCCGCCGCCGAGUCGUCCUCCCCAUCGACCGCGCGCGCAACCUCGCGUCCGCCUCCCGCCACGGCCGGCACCGAGCCUGCCCCGCGCACCAAGGUGACGCGCACAUACGGCCGCAAACCUGUCGAGGACGCGCCGGCGGUCGCAGAGCCUGUCGAGGACGAUGGUCGCGCCCUCGGACGCAACUCGACCCUCGUCAUCCCCGACUCGGAGCCCGCCCUCAAGGCGCAGCACCUCUCGCCCGAGUCGGACGCCGACGGCGACAAGACGAUGCGCGCGCGCCCGGUCCAAGCCUCGUCGUCGCCGACUCGCCGAGACGUGCAGUCGACCGACCCGACGAGCGAGGACGAGGAGCCCGUCAAGCUCGCCGGCACGCGCAACAAGCCGUCGAUCGCGGCCGCCAUCGUCAGCGACAGCGACUCGAGCGGCGACGAUGACGCCGCGUCGGGCGACGACACGGGCGCGCUCGCGUUCCUCAAGCGCCGACCAGCUCUCGAGGACCUCCUCGCCGACGUCGACCGCGACUUUGACGCCCGUCCCGAGGACACGACCGCCGCCACGACCGUCCUCCCUCCCACCUCGUCGUCCCUCCCCCCGCUCACCAUCACCAACGAGUCGGGCUCGUCCUCUCGCCCCACCUCCUCCUCCCAGCGCUCGCCCGCUCAGCGCCGCUCCGCCUCGCCCUCGUCCCCAUCUCGCGACCUGGACGAUAUCGAGGCGCUCCUCGCCUCGACGCAGUCGGCCGACAGCGAAGACGUCGUGCCGACGGCGCGCAGUCGCGCCCGCAAGCCGCGCGCCGUCCUCGACUCGGACGACGAGGACGAGCAGGCCGACGCGCCGCAGCCGUCUCGCGCGCCCAAGCCCGGCGCGACGGCGCGCCGCGUCAUGUCGUCGGACGACGAGGCGUCGACGCCGAAGCUGUCGGCGGCCGAGAAGGUGCGCCGGCUGUGGCAGAAGAAGAAGGACGCGCAGGACGCCGAGGCGCGCAAGCGGGGCCUCGAGCUCGCGGCGGCCAGGGGCGAGGAGUUCGUCGAGCCCGAGCCGGCGCCCUUCCUCGAGGACCUGAUCGAGGAGGACUCGGACGAGCGGACGGGCAAGAAGAAGGCCAAGGGCAGGAGGUCGACCGAGAAGAAAGUCAAGUCGCUCAGCAAGAAGGAGCUCGACGAGAUGAACAAGGUCACGGCCGCCCUCAACCGUCAGCAAGAAGUGCGUCUCGUCGCGACCCGCAAGGUCGGCCUGUCGGUCUCGGACGCCCUGAAGCAGCACCAUCUCUCGUCCCUUCCACCUCCCGUCGUCAACCGCAGCACGUUCACCCGCGGCCCCUCCGCGACCAUCACCCUCUCCUCCUCGUCCGACGCCAUCGUCACCUCGUCGCCGCCUCACGACCUUGUCGCCCAGACGCCCAUCCCCAAGCUCAAGCUCUCGUCCAAGGCGCUCGGCAAGCAGCGGGCAACGUCGCCCAUCGCCGACGGCGACCACGAUACGCCCGUCCCGCACCGCGUCCGCAAAUCUCUCGCGCUCGGCGACCGGCCUGAGCGCAGACGGUCGCCCGCACCGACCGCCGCCGUGGCCCGCGACGACGACGACGACGACGACGAGCUGCUCGCGCCCGCCGAGAUGAUGCGCCGCGACGACGAGAAGCGCGAGAAGGCUCGUCGCGCGCAGGCGCUCAAGGACAAGAAGCGCGCCGCCCUCGCCGCCGCCAAAGCCGCGCAGGCCGACUCGGACUCGGACCUCGAGAUCGAGAUGCCCGGCGCGCCGUCGAGGACGGUCCGCGCGUCGUCGUCGCAGGCCGAGGACACGCUCGCCGCGUUCGCCCACACGCCCGCACGCCCCCAGAACGACCCGCGCAAGAUGCUCGCCCGCAUCGCCGGCGUCGACCUCGCGCACCCGCCGAGCGACGACGCGCUCCCGAGCGAGAGCCAGCUUGAAGCCGCCGGGCACGAGUUCGGCCGCCACCUCGACGCGCGGUACCACGAGAACCUCACCUCGACGCGCAAGAAGCACCUCCCGUCUACGAUCCUCGCGUCGUCGUCCACCUCGCGCGCCAAGAAGAGCAGCCGGCCCGUCGAGAUCACGCACGAGAAGCUCAGCGCCGGCCUGAGGGAGAAGGUCCAGCUGCAGGCUCUCGCCGUCCGCACGAGGAACGCGACGCGCGCCCGGCAGCGCCAGCAGAACGCCGCCGCGCAGGGCGACCAGCAGGAGCUGCAGUCGGUCGAUGUCGACGCGCUCAUCAAGAGCAAGCGCGAGAAGGAGGAGGCGGACGAGCAGAUGGACGAGGACGAGGACGGCGACUACGUCGACGGUGGCGAGGACGAGGACGACGCCGAGGAGGGCUCGGGCUCGGGCUCGGAGCCGGACGCGCUCGGCAGCGAGGCCGACGAGCUCGCGCCGGCAACGGUCGCGACGGCCGUCAACGAGGACGGCGAGGACGAGGUCGACAGCGAGGGUGAGCUCGUCAUGCCUCGCUCGUCGCAGAACUCGGAGCGCCAUCUUCGGGCGACGCAGGAGGCGGCAGAGGACGAGGACGAGGACGAGCAGAUGCCGCCGCCGCCAACGUCCCGACGCACUGCCCACAAGAUCCGCAUCGCCGACGGCGACGACGACGACGACGGGCAAGAGCGCUCGACGUCCGACACGCCUGCGCCGACUGAGCUCGCGCCGACCGAGGUCGUCAAGACGCCGUCCGUCGCAGCUCAAGCUCCGGCCAAGGUCGCGUUCGGCGACUUCCUCGGCGACGGCGGCAACGCCGGCGGCUUCUCGCAGUUCUUCGACUCGCAGUUCAGCCAGGGAGCAGGAGGCGACGACCAGGUCGAGGGCUUCCUCCGUCCGGCCAACGACGACCUGUCAGCACCUGCGCCGACCAUGUUCGCCGCACAGCCGCUCAUCAGCACCGCCGAGCGUGCCGCCGACGUCGCUCGCCUCGAAGCUCGCGGCGGGUUCAACGAUUUCGAGCCGGCAACGCCUCGAGAGCUUCCUGCGCCGCGCCAGUACAUCAACGACAAGGGCUUCCUCACCCAGACCCGCCCGGCCAACCUCUUCGACUCGCCGUCCGACUCGCCCGCCUACCACCGCCAGUCGAUGUCGAUGCUCGACUCGCAGUCGCAGGCGCUCGACGAGACGCAGGUCGCGACCGCCGAGACGCCGACGCAGCUGUCCAAAGACCCGACCCGACUGCGGCGCACCGCGGCGCUCACGUCGUUCGAGAGCCUCGCGCCUCUCGCCCCGACCGAGGUCGACUCGUCCCGUUCUCGCGAGGAGGCGACGCAGCUCGACGACGCGCAGGUCGACGAGACGCAGGACACGCAGGACGCGCUGCACACUCUGCCGUCGGCGGCGCAGCCGACCGCGCCGCGCAACGCGUUCGACGCGCUCAAGGCCGGCGCAGCCCACGUCGACGCGCCGGCCGAGGCGCAGCAAGUGCCUCGUCGCCGCAUGCGCAACGCGUUCGUCGAUGCCGAGGCGAACCUGUCGGACGAGGAGGUCGGGCUCGGUCUCGGCGGCCUGAGCGGCGACGAGGACGAGGACGGGCAUGACGCCGAGCUCGAGUCGCUCGUCGACAACGAGGAGGUCGACCGCGACGUGCAGGACGAGCAGGACAAGCUCGCUCGCAGCCGCUUCCAGGAGGACCAGGAGAAGGCCGAGGCCGAGGCGAUGAAGCGCGCACAGCGCGUCGUCGACGGCAAGGAGCGCCAAAAACGCGGCGCCUACGACCUGUCGGACGACGACUUUGACGACGAGUACGUGUCGCGCAACGGCCACCGCGAGAAGAAGGCUCGCGUCGAGUCGCUCACGAUCGGCCAGCUCAAGGAGAACGAGGAGACGCAGGCGUUCGGCAACAUCCUCGCCCAGGGGUUCGUCCCGACCGCCAAGGUCGGCGAGUACGCGUUCCUCGAGACGCAGCACGGCCUGUCGGACGACGACGAGGACGGCGACGCCGACAUCGAGGAGGACGACCGGGCGCAAGACGUGUUCGGCCGCGUCGACGCGCCCGAGCUGCGCGUGCGCUCGUUCCGCGAGGCGCAGGAGCUCGCCGUGCAGCAGUCGCGAGCUCGGCGAGCGCUCGACGAGGACGAGGACGUCGACAUGGUCGCGCGCGACGAGCGCGACGACGAGACGUACGACGAGCGCCUCUUGCGCGAUCGGUCGCCGCAGAUCCACCUCGGCGCAUCGUCGUCACCGGCGGCGCCGCUCAAGCUCAACCUCAAGCACCGCUCGACGACGGUCGUCCAGGCGACCCAUGUCGACGACUUUGCCGAUCUUGACUCCCAGCUCUCGGUCUUCGGGGUCCAGCACGGCACGACGGUCAAGUACAGCGAGCGCGACGAGUCAAGCAUCACGACCAACAAUGUCGGCGGCGGUCGCAGCGCAGUGACGAGCUUCAAGCGCACGACCGUCACGACAACCACGACCACGGCGGCAGCGGCGAGCAGGCCCGGCGCAAAAGGCGCCAAGUCGGGCUCGGCGCUCGGACCUCGGCCGAGCAAAUUCGCUGCGGUGCGCAAGGGUGGGUUUGCGUAG